CGUCAGCAGCAUUGGCCACUGGCACAAUAUAAUACUGAUUGAUCCGCAGAAGAGAGGAGAGGAUUUACUUUAUUCAACCUUUAAUUUCAACCGUCCUUUAUUUUAUUGAACUAAAACAAUGGCAGACACACAAGUUGACUCCGGCUCGGAUAUCUCUGCCAAGGACCUGAAAGAGAAGAAGCUGGUGGAGGAGAAGGAGAACGGCAAAGAUGCUGCCACCAACGGAAAGGAAAACGAGGAGAACGGCGAGCCCGACGUAGAUGACGAAGAAGACGAGGAAGUGGACGAGGAGGACGAGGAAGAUGAUGGAGAAGGUGAGGAGGAAGACGAGGAGGACGAUGAUGAUGAGCUCGAGGGAGGCACAAAACGGGCAGCUGAGGACGACGACGACGACGAUGAGGACGACGUCGAAACCAAGAAGCAGAAAACCGACGACGAUGAUUGAUGCGUUUCCCCCCGCCAUCCUGCUGAACCACUUCCUGAUUCUUCACCUUUGACCUUUUUUAUGUCGGAGGUGGAGGGGCUGGAGGACUGAUUUAAAAUAAAAAAAAUAAUAAUAAAAAAAAAUCAAACAUGGUCAUUAGCAAGUAGAGUUCAACAUCCAUGUCCACACACUCUAUCUCCCCUCAACUGCGACAAAUUUUCUAGAGGAAUCCACCGCCACAGCAAUGCAGAAUCCGGCUCAACCUUCUCAACGACGUAACAACACAAAAGGAGAAUUUGUUUGUAUUUUUAUUUACAUUUUAUAUUUUUGUACAUAUUGUUAGGAGGGGGGGUCAGUUUCUCUCGGCAGCGAUCUCCUCAGACCAAAUCGGUGCUUCUUUACGAAAGAUUUUACUUGGUUGACCAUGUUACGAUAUCUCAACAGAUAAUAGAAAAAACAUGUAAAAAAAAUCAAAAAAAAGGAGAAAAAAACAUGGAAAGAAAACCUCUUAAGCCGUUGAACUCAGAGCAUUCCAGUAAAUUUAAUGUAUGUACUUUAGCUGUACCAUAACUAGUUUGUUUGUAUGGGAGGGCAAGGCCAAAGAAAAGGAGCCUCUUUUCUUUUUCCUUUUAUUUUGUUUUUGUCAGCGACUUUUUGUUUUAUGACGGCCUGUUUUGAUGUAUGUGCGAAGUUUGUUGUUUGACAAUAAACCGGACUUUUAUUUUGUGAGUUGUA